AUGUUCUCCGUCACCAAGACCGUCAUCUUCGUCCUCGCCGCCGGCCUCGCCAACGCCGUCCCCUUUGACGCCGUCGACUCGGUCACCGUCGACCCGGCCGCCCUCGCCAGCGGCGAGGUCCUCCGCCGGGCCAACGGCUGCGGCGCCGCCGGCAUUGUCAACGGCGAGUGCGGGCGCUACUACCGCGGCGACAGCUGCAGCGACCUGAUUGGCAACAUCAAGCCCGACUGCAAGAAGGGAUGCCACACCGUCGAGGACGGCCUGCGCAGCAUCAAGGCCACGGGCAACGGCAUCUACGGGACCAACUGCGCCCUGUUCGAGGACAAGAACUGCCAGAGGCAGCUCGGCGAGACCGGAAACGCCAUCUUUGCGGGCGGCGAGAAGUGCUACACCGUCUCGGACAACAAAAAGGAGCGCAUGGCCUACAGCUACAAGUGCUACUACCGCUGCUAAGCGCGCGGUGGGCUGUGCGCACAAGAGCGCGGUCGGGGGGAUGGACUGUGAGCAUAGAUGGAAGCGGGGGAUAGCAUUUUAGAGUAUUUAGAGUGAGCAUUUAGAGGCCAUGGCGCUGUGUGCUAGACGGAGGAGAUGGACGGCGG